GUUCACAGCCCGACCCCGACGCCUUCCCCCCGCUUCCGCCGCGCCGCCUCUGCCCCCCCACGCCGGCGCCCAGAGCGAAAACCCGCACGAGAGGAGAAGCGCCCCCCACCCGCGGCGUUUGUGCGGCUCCCCGGCCGGCCACCGGCGAUGAAGCUCCUCCACCGCGACCUCGUCCGCAACGGCCCCGGCAAAGCCAAGCUGUUGCCGGAGGAGGACGACGACCUGUGGCAUGCCUACAACCUGAUUGUUCCCGGGGAUACUGUCGAGGCCUACACUGUUCGGAAAGUUCUGAGAGAGAUGGCAUCUGGAGGGCGUGACUCUGAGCGCGUGAGGCUAAAGUUGGCAAUUGUAGUGGAGUCUGUAGAUUAUGAUAAGGAGGGAUCUGUCCUGCGUGUACGUGGAAAAAAUAUCACUGAGAAUGAUUAUGUGAAGAUUGGGCAAUUUCAUACUAUGGAGUUUGAGCUGAGGAGACAGUUUACUUUGACGAAGGAUGUUUGGGAUUGGUUAGCACUUGAUAUCAUCCAACAAGCAUGUGACCCAGCUGCAAGCGCUGAUCUGGCCGUUAUUCUCAUGCAAGAAGGACUUGCACAUUUGUUCCUCAUUGGUAGAAGCGUAACAGUAACUAGAGCACGCAUUGAAACAUCGAUUCCUCGGAAGCAUGGCCCUGCGAUUGCUGGUUAUGAAUCGGCCCUCAAGAAGUUCUUUGAACAUGUUUUGACAGCUUUCCAGAAGCAUAUUAAGUUUGAAGUAAUCCAAUGUGUUGUAAUUGCAAGUCCAGGUUUUACUAAGGAUCAGUUCCGUGAUUAUAUGUAUCUUGAAGCUGCACGGCGAGACAUAAGAGAAAUAAUUGAGAACAAACCACGCAUUAUUCUUGCACAUGCUCCUUCAGGUUACAAGCAUAGCCUGAAGGAAGUUUUGGAAAGCCCAAGUGUGAUGACACUAAUAAAAGAUACAAAAGCGGCACAGGAGGUCCAAGCUUUGAAGGACUUCUUCAACAUGCUUACUAAUGACUCAGAUCGAGCUUGUUAUGGACCUAAGCAUGUUGAGGUUGCGAAUGACCGUCUUGCUAUCCAAACUCUUUUAAUAACAGAUAAUUUGUUUCGGAACUCUGACAUAGCCACAAGACAAAAUUAUGUGCGUUUGGUUGAAUCGGUCAAAAAAUUCGGUGGCACAGUGCACAUAUUUUCUUCAAUGCAUGCCUCUGGUGAACAGUUGGCGCAAUUGACAGGAAUCGCAGCAAUACUUCGAUUUCCCUUGCCAGAUUUGGAGGACAUUGAGAUGUGAUAAUUCCACCGUUCGGAUUAUUUUUUUGGCAAUAUGCCAACUUGUAAUUCAUGUGUAAUCUUAUUCGUUGUUUUCAUAUAGGUAACUCUUAAGAAAUCUGACCACAGUAUAACCUAGUUGUAAAUGGUUUGCCAUGCCGUAUUAGUUGAUUGUUUUUUUUACUUAACAA